UAUAAAGCGAACUGGGCCCGCCCGCCCACAUUUAUUCAAAAAUUUUCAUAUCACACCAAAUUCCAGUCCAAAUAAUUUCAAGCAACAUUUUCGUCCUCUUAUUGUCUACAGCUCCUCUCUUGAAAUUUCAACCCACAAAGAGAAACGCACGAUUUUAAACUUAUAACACCAAGCGAGCUACAUUUACACUUCGUCGCCCACUCCAUCAAACUUUCAACCAAAAAUGUCUGUCAUCAAGUCUACCAUCCUCGGAUUCCCCCGCAUGGGCUCUGACCGCCAGCUGAAGAAGCUCGUCGAGGGCUUCUGGUCCGGCAAGGUCUCUGAGGCCGAGCUGGCCGAAGGCAGCAAGAACCUCCGUGCCGAGCACUGGGCGCUGCAGACCUCAUACGGUCUGACUGAGGUGCCUGUCGGUGACUUCUCCUACUAUGACCACGUCCUUGACGCUGCCUACGCUGUCGGCAUUAUCCCCGAGCGCUACCAGGAGCUGAACAAGGACAGCGGCAUCCAGGCGUACUUUGCCAUGGGCCGCGGCUUGCAAAACAAGAACGUCGACGUUCGGUCGCUCGAGAUGAAGAAGUGGUUUGACACCAACUACCACUUCAUGGUGCCCGAGAUUGCCGACAACCAGCAGUUCACACUCAACUCGACCAAGGUGGUCAAUGAGUUCAAGGAGGCCACGGCUCUUGGAUACACUGCUCGCCCUGUUAUUCUCGGCCCUGUCACCCUCCUGGCUCUGAGCAAGGCCACCAAGGGAUCCACAUCCAAGCCGCUGGACCACCUGUCCGCGCUCAUUCCCGUUUACAUUGAGCUUCUCCAGCAGCUUGCUGCCGCCGGCGCUGAGUGGGUGCAGGUUGACGAGCCCAUCCUCUCUCUUGAUCUCGACGCUGCUGUGUACACGGUGGCCUUCAGCCAGGCGUACACCGAGUUUGCCAAGGUCGACGGGCUCAAGUACCUUCUGACCAGCUACUUUGACCGCCUUGGCGACAACCUGAGGCUGGCCGCCGCUCUUCCCGUGCAUGGAAUCCACCUCGAUCUCGUCCGCGGCGCCUCAGAUCUUGAUGCUGCCCUGGCUGCCAUUCCGGCAGACAAGGUUGUAUCCAUCGGUCUGAUCAAUGGUCGCAACAUCUGGAAGGCCAACCUGGAGCAGCAGCUGGCCGUUCUGAACAAGGUCAUUAGCGCUCGCGCUUCGGGCGCUGCCGUCUGGGUCAACAGCUCGUGCUCGCUCUUGCACUCGCCACACUCUCUCAAGCCCGAGGCCGGCCACCUUGACGAGGAGACUCUCGGCUGGCUGUCGUUUGCCGAGGAGAAAAUCGAGGAGGUUGCCAUCCUGGCCGCUGCCGCCGCUGAUCGCAGCUCCGUCGAGCGCCAGCUGCAGAGUAACACUGCCAAGGUUCUCAGCCGCCAGCAGUCUGAGCGCAUCACGCGCCCGGAAGUCCAGAAGCGCCUUGCCGCACUCGACGAGACCUUCUACAGCCGCCAGGCUCCGUUCACCGAGCGCCAGCAGGUGCAGCGCGUAGCACUUAACCUUCCUCUCUUCCCAACCACUACCAUCGGCUCUUUCCCCCAGACCGCCGAGGUGCGCAAGGCGCGCGCGCAGUUCCGCAAGGGUUCGUUGACCAAGGCUGAGUACGAGGAGUUCUUGGACAUUGAGACCCGUAAGUGCAUCGAGUGGCAAGAUGAGGCCGGCCUUGACGUGCUUGUGCACGGCGAGUUCGAGCGCACUGACAUGGUUGAGUUCUUUGGCGAGAACCUUGAGGGCUUUGUGUUCACCAAGAAGGGCUGGGUCCAGUCGUACGGCUCGCGCUGUGUCAAGCCGCCAGUCAUCUUUGGUGAUGUCUCUCGCCCGAAGCCCAUGACCGUCGAUGUCGCUCGCUUUGCGCAGUCGUGCAGCCCGAACAAGCCUGUCAAGGGCAUGCUCACAGGCCCCGUCACCAUCCUGCAGUGGUCUUUUGUGCGCGACGAUCAGCCGCGCUCGCAGACUGCUGGACAGAUCGCGCUGGCCAUCCGCGACGAGGUUGUUGAUCUCGAGGCCGCCGGCAUCAAGGUCAUUCAGGUGGACGAGCCUGCAAUCCGCGAGGGACUUCCCCUGCGCAAGACCGACUACGAUGCUUACCUCAAGUGGUCCGUUGAUGUCUUCCGCCUGGCCACCACGGGCGUGCGCAACGAGACCCAGAUCCACACACACUUCUGCUACAGCGACUUUAACGAGAUUUUCACCGCCAUCAAGAGCCUGGACGCCGAUGUUAUUACCAUCGAGAACUCCAAGUCUGAUCUCAAGCUUCUCGGCGCUCUGGAGGUCCACGGCUACGCGGCCGAGAUUGGCCCCGGUUUGUACGACAUCCACUCGCCGCGUGUGCCCUCGGUCGAGGAGAUGGCCGCCCGCUUCGCCGCGCUGCAAAAGUACAUCCCCGCAGAGAACCUGUGGGCCAACCCCGACUGUGGUCUGAAGACCCGCGGAUGGCCCGAGGUCAAGGAGUCGCUGAUAAACCUGGUCACUGUCGCCGUCAACGCCCGCAAGACCCAUGCUGCCGCCAACUAAAAGUUGAUUUUUAUGCUUUGCUUUACUAUUCGAGUAUCUUUGGUAAAUU